UUCAGUGUUUUUGUUUGGAGAAGAAGAGCAAUCACAAUUUGCAAAUUAGCUAGUGUCGUUGUUUGUUGGUAAGACUAAUGAAUAGGAGACGCCAUGGCUGGCAACGCCCCUUCCACCCUUUGCAGAUUGUGGGAAUUGCAGUUUACAGUUUUCUUGUGGUGUCCUUCUAUACAUUCUUUGGACUUUUCCUGGGAAACAGAAUAGCCGAAAUCACAGUCACCACAAUCUUUUCCUUUGUGGCUGUUUCAGUCAUGUUCCUGUUCAUAAGGUGCACAGCCACUGACCCAACUGACAAAACCAGCCUUCGGAAGAAGAAACCUAAAGCUGGCAAAGGCUAUCCAAAGCUCAAUUACGGGUUCGUUUUGGGGCAGAUUAUAGUGAGGUUCUUUAGAAGAAUGGAGAGAAAGAUCCUCAGGACUUUCAUAAGGAGGAGGUAUCUCAAUCCGUGGAAGACCGGCGCACAGUUGGAUCCAUUGCUCCCAUUUCCCUUUGUCCUCAUGAAAGAAGACGCGGUCUCUCCCGAUUUAAGGGAAGACGACAUCUCCUUCUGCGCACUCUGCGAUUUUGAGGUGAAAAAACACAGCAAACACUGCAGGACCUGCAACCGUUGUGUUGAUGGCUUUGAUCACCACUGCAGGUGGUUAAACAACUGCGUCGGGAAAAAGAAUUACACCACAUUUAUUCUCCUCAUGAUUUUCGUUCUGUUAUUGCUAAUCAUAGAAGGAGCAACUGCAAUUGCAAUAUUCGUCAGGUGCUUUGUAGAUAAAAAUGGAAUAGAUCAGGAGCUGAAGAGGAAACUCUACGUAGACUUCCCAAGAGGCAUUCUUGCAACGAUAUCGGUAGUUAUACUCAUUUUAACUCCAUCAAAAUCUUGCAGGUCUUGCUAACUUUAAUGACAGCUUUUUUUCUUUCAUGUGGUUCUAAUACGGAAGGGAAUGAGAACAUAUGACUAUAUCCUGGCAAUGAAAGAGGAGAGCCAAUCCAUAGAAAUGGAUCCAUUUGAUGAUUCAGAUUUCUCCUCAGACUUGAGUAGUGAUUUUGAUUCACCUGAAAAGCCAUCAUUCAUAUCACGGUUUAUAUGCAGAGGACGAGGGAUAACUCAGAAUACCAGAAGGCUGUCCAUAAGAAUUGACGGAGAUCCUCAGCCGUCCUCCUCAACCGUGAAACAAGGCUUCCGUGUCAGCAUUGACCCGUGGAGACUGAUAAAGUUGAGCAAGGAGAAAGCACUGAUAGCAGCUGAGAAGGCCAGAGAAAGGAUUGUGAAACAGAAGCCUCCUACAGAAGAGGAUUCACUGAAACCACUACCAUUGGAGACAAAAUGUGGACCACUCACAGAUAAAAACACGGCCACAGCAGGAUCAGGCUUAACACCUCUUAUAUCCAAAGGGUGGAUGCCAGGGUCACCCGGAAGGUUUCCAAGCCCAAGAAGGCGGUUUUCUGGUUCACCAACAAUGUUCUCUGGCAUUGUACCAUCGCCAAAGCAAAAGUACAGAAACAAUUUUGACUUGAAAUUGACAGAGGUGUCCAGAGAGCUGGAGACCUACAUCUCAAGGCAGGUUCUAUGUUCUGUUAUAAAGAAGGACGGUACUGAGGCAUCCCCAAGAUAGGGGAGGGGAGUUAGAACAAAAAUCUAGAUUCUCAGCCUUUGAGAAGAAUCAUUCAUCGCCUGUGUGCUCUUGAUGUCAUGUGUGGAUUUCUUUUUCGGAGACUGACGUAUACAUGCAUUGUUAAAAUUAUUACCCACCCAUUGAAUGUAACUUUUGUUUUUGUUUUAUGGUA